CCGCCGCCGCCCGCGUCUCCGUCGCCGCGCGCCUGAGCCGCCGUCGCCGCCGCGCGCCCUGCCCGGGGGCGGUCCCCCCAGCCCCAUGGAGGUCUCCCGGAGGAAGGCACCGCCGCGCCCCCCGCGCCCAGCCGCGCCGCUGCCCCUGCUCGCUUAUCUGCUGGCGCUGGCGGCGCCGAGCCGGGGCGCGGACGAACCCGUGUGGCGGUCGGAGCAAGCCAUCGGAGCCAUCGCGGCGAGCCGGGAGGACGGCGUGUUCGUGGCGAGCGGCAGCUGCCUGGACCAGCUGGACUACAGCCUGGAGCACAGGCUCUCGCGCCUGUACCGGGACCAAGCGGGCAACUGCACGGAGCCCGUCUCGCUGGCGCCCCCCGCGCGGCCCCGGCCGGGGAGCAGCUUCAGCAAGCUGCUGCUGCCCUACAGCGAGGGGGCGGGCGACCUCCAGGGGCUGCUGCUCACCGGCUGGACCUUCGACCGGGGCGCCUGCGAGGUGCGGCUGCUGGGCAACCUGAGCCACGGCUCCCUGCGCAACGGCACCGAGGUGGUGUCGUGUCACCCGCAGGGCUCGACGGCCGGCGUGGUGUACCGCGCGGGGGACCAGAACCGCUGGUACCUGGCGGUGGCCGCCACCUACGUGCUGCCGGAGCCUGAGACGGCUAGCCGCUGCAACCCGGCGGCGUCCGACCGCGACACCGCCAUCGCCCUCAAGGACACGGAGGGACGCAGCCUGGCCACGGAGGAGCUGGGCCGCCUCAAGCUGCGCGGGGGCGCGGGCAGCCUGCACUUCGUGGACGCCUUUCUCUGGAACGGCAGCGUCUACUUCCCCUACUACCCCUACAACUACACGAGCGGCGCCGCCACCGGCUGGCCCAGCAUGGUGCGCAUCGCGCAGAGCGCCAAGGUGCUGCAGUUCCAGGGCCAGGCGGCCCUCGACUGCGGCCACGGCCACCCCGACGGCCGGCGCCUGCUCCUCUCCUCCAGCCUGGUGGAGGCCCUGGGCGUCUGGGCGGGCGUGUUCAGCGCGGCCACCGGGGAGGGCCAGGAGAGGCGCUCCCCCGCCACCACCGCACUCUGCCUCUUCAGGAUGAGUGAGAUCCAGGAGCGCGCCAAGAGCUGCCCCUGGGACUUCCAGACGGCCGAGCAGAACUGCAAAGAAGGCGAGCAACCUGAGAGAGUCCAGCCAAUCGCCUCAUCUACCUUGAUCCAUUCCGACCUGACAUCUGUUUAUGGCACCGUGGUAAUGAACAGGACUGUUUUGUUCUUGGGGACUGGAGAUGGCCAGUUACUUAAGGUUGUUCUGGGUGAGAAUUUGACUUCAAAUUGUCCAGAGGUUAUCUAUGAAAUUAAAGAAGAGACACCCGUUUUCUACAAACUGGUUCCUCAUCCUAAGAAGAAUAUCUACAUCUAUCUAACGGCCGGGAAAGAGGUGAGGAGAAUUCGUGUUGCCAACUGCAAUAGACAUCCAUCCUGCACGGAGUGUUUAACGGCUGCAGACCCUCACUGCGGUUGGUGCCAUUCGCUACAAAGGUGUACUUUUAAAGAAGAUUGUGUACACUCAGAGAACCAUGAAAACUGGCUGGAUAUUUCGUCGGGAGCUAAAAAGUGCCCUCAAAUUAACCUAUUCCGAAGCAGUAAAGAUAAGACUACAGUGACUGUGGUGGGAAGCUUCCCUCCCAGGCGCGCGGAGUGGGAGUGCGCGGUGAAGAGCGCGGACACGGGCAGGCAGCUCUGUAGGGGUAAAAGUCCACCAAGCAAGCCCUGCACCUGCAGCAUUCCCACGAGAGCGACCUACAAAGAUGUUUUGGUUGUCAACGUGACAUUCUCCGUCGGUUCUUGGCGUUUAUCAAAAAGAUUCAACUUUACCAACUGCUCAUCAUUAAGAGAGUGUCCAGUGUGUAUUGGAACUGGCUGUGCUUGGUGUAAAAGUGAGAGGAAGUGUAUCCAUCCCUUCACAGCUUGUGACCCUUCUGAUUACAAGCGAAGCCAGGAGCACUGUCCAGUCGCUGUGGAGAAACGGACACCACCCGAGACAGCAGGAGGAGGAAGAUUCACGGAGAAUAGGAGUAAUAGGACCCAUUCCGGCUUGCAGGUCUUUUACAUUAAGUCCAUUGAGCCACGGAAGAUAUCAACUUUAGGGAAAAGCAACGUGAUCGUCACGGGGGCAAACUUUACCCAGGCAUCCAAAAUUACUAUGAUCCUGAAAGGAACCAGUACUUGCGAGAAGGAUGUGAUCCAGGUUAGCCACGUGCUAAACGACACCCAUAUGAAAUUCUCUCUACCAUCAAGCCGGAAAGAAAUGAAGGACGUGUGUAUCCAGUUCGAUGGCGGGAACUGUACAUCUGUGGGACCCUUGUCGUACAUCGCUCUGCCACAUUGUUCCCUCAUAUAUCCUGCCACCACCUGGAUCAGUGGUGGUCAAAAUAUAACCAUCGUGGGCAGAAAUUUUGACGUAAUUGACAACUUAAUCAUUUCACACGAGUUAAAAGGAAACAUAAAUGUCUCUGAAUAUUGUGUGACAGAUUCCUGCAGGUUUUUAGCCCCCAGUUUAAAGAGUUCAAAAGCGCGUACGAACGUCACCGUGAAGCUGAGAGUCCAGGACACCUUCUUGGACUGCGGAAGCCUGCAGUAUCUUGAGGACCCUAGGUUCACAGGGUGUCGGGUCGAACCCGAGGGGGACACAGAGCUGGAAGUAAAAAUUCAAAAAGAAAAUGACGAGUUCAACAUCUCCAAGACAGACAUUGAAAUCACUCUCUUCCACGGGGAAAACGAGCAAUUAAAUUGCAGUUUUGAAAACAUUACGAGAAAUCAAGAUCUCACCAUCAUCCUUUGCAAAAUCAAAGGCAUCAGUAAUGCAAACAGCAUCGACACCUCGUCCAAGAAAGUUCGUGUCAAACUGGGAAACUUGGAGCUCUACGUUGAGCAGGAAACAGUUCCUACCACUUGGUAUUUUCUGAUUGUCCUUCCCGUCUUGCUAGUGAUUGUCAUCUUUGCGGCCGUGGGGGUAACCAGGCACAAAUCGAAGGAGCUGAGCCGCAAACAGAGCCAACAGCUGGAGCUCCUGGAGAGUGAGCUCCGGAAAGAGAUACGUGAUGGCUUUGCUGAGCUGCAGAUGGAUAAAUUGGAUGUGGUUGAUAGUUUUGGAACCGUUCCCUUCCUUGACUACAAACAUUUUGCUCUGAGAACUUUCUUCCCUGAGUCAGGUGGCUUCACACACAUCUUCACUGAAGAUAUGCAUAACAGAGAUGCCACUGACAAGAAUGAAAGUCUCACAGCUUUGGAUGCCCUGAUUUGUAAUAAAAGUUUCCUUGUGACUGUCAUCCACACCCUUGAGAAGCAGAAGAACUUUUCAGUGAAGGACAGGUGUCUGUUUGCCUCCUUCUUGACCAUUGCACUGCAAACCAAGCUGGUCUAUCUGACCAGCAUCCUGGAGGUGCUGACCAGGGACUUGAUGGAACAGUCCAGCAACAUGCAGCCGAAACUCAUGCUAAGACGCACAGAGUCUGUGGUCGAGAAACUCCUCACAAACUGGAUGUCCGUCUGCCUUUCCGGUUUUCUGCGGGAGACGGUUGGAGAGCCAUUCUAUUUGCUGGUGACGACGUUGAACCAGAAAAUAAACAAGGGUCCUGUGGAUGUGAUCACCUGCAAAGCCCUGUACACCCUGAACGAGGACUGGCUGCUGUGGCAGGUUCCAGAAUUCAGUACCGUGGCAUUAAACGUUGUCUUUGAAAAGAUCCCGGAAAAUGAGAGUGCAGAUGUCUGUCGGAACAUUUCAGUCAAUGUUCUUGAUUGUGACACCAUAGGCCAAGCCAAAGAAAAGAUCUUCCAGGCUUUCCUAAGCAAAAAUGGCUCUCCUUAUGGACUUCAGCUGAACGAAAUUGGCCUCGAGCUACAAGUGGGAACACGACAGAAAGAGCUGCUGGAUAUUGAUAGUUCGUCUGUGAUUCUCGAAGAUGGAAUAACCAAGCUAAAUACCAUCGGCCACUACGAGAUAUCAAAUGGAUCCACUAUAAAGGUCUUUAAGAAGAUAGCAAAUUUUCCUUCAGAUGUGGAAUACUCAGAAGACCACUGCCAUUUGAUUUUACCAGAUUCAGAAGCAUUCCAAGAUGUGCAAGGAAAAAGACAUCGAGGGAAGCACAAGUUCAAAGUAAAAGAAAUGUAUCUGACAAAACUGCUGUCGACCAAGGUGGCAAUUCAUUCUGUGCUUGAGAAACUUUUUAGAAGCAUUUGGAGUUUACCCAACAGCAGAGCCCCAUUUGCUAUAAAAUACUUCUUUGACUUUUUGGAUGCCCAGGCUGAAAACAAAAAAAUCACAGAUCCUGAUGUCGUACAUAUUUGGAAAACAAACAGCCUUCCUCUUCGCUUCUGGGUAAACAUCCUGAAGAACCCUCAGUUUGUUUUUGACAUUAAGAAGACACCACACAUAGACGGCUGUUUAUCUGUGAUUGCCCAGGCAUUCAUGGACGCAUUUUCUCUCACAGAGCAGCAACUCGGGAAGGAAGCACCAACUAAUAAACUUCUCUAUGCCAAGGAUAUCCCAACCUACAAAGAGGAAGUAAAAUCAUAUUACAAAGCAAUCAGGGAUUUGCCUCCAUUGUCAUCUUCGGAAAUGGAAGAAUUCUUAACUCAGGAAUCUAAGAAACAUGAAAAUGAAUUUAAUGAAGAAGUGGCCUUGACAGAAAUCUACAAAUACAUCGUAAAAUAUUUUGAUGAGAUUCUAAAUAAACUAGAAAGAGAACGAGGGCUGGAAGAAGCUCAGAAACAACUCUUGCAUGUAAAAGUCUUAUUUGAUGAAAAGAAGAAAUGCAAGUGGAUGUAAGCACUCUGGGGACUGGCUUAAUCUGGCAAAAUUCUUCAGACGACUUGGGAGCAAAAUGGCUGCUUGAGCUACUCUGUGUCGUUAAUUUUUUAAAGUUUGCACACAGGUUCCACUUUGAGCACAGUCUUUCAGAGACCAAGGCACAUGCACAGCUUUUAGAAAGCAUACCCACCAUUGUGCCUGUGCAUAUACUGUGGGAACCUUUCUGUAAAUAGAGUCGAAGUGGUUGUUGUAAACAGCCUCCUUGUUUACAGAGAAUACAGGGCCAGUAAGCAAGUGUCAGUAUUGUUAACUACAGUCUCCACUUAAGCACAAUGACAACAGUGGUUUUGUUUGAAAACUACAGUUCUGUAGCACUUGUGACUACACUGCACUUCUGCAGAAAAGGGACACUGCCAGUGAUGACAAGAAAAUGUGAAAUGAGUCAUUUGGAAACAAGGCCGGAGUGUUAGGGCAACCUCGAGGAUUUGCGGCAUUGAAACUUUCCCCAGUAGUUCUUGGAAAAGCUGACCGCAGAAUUUGGUAGUGUGUACACUUAGCAUUUGUGAGUGUGUGUGUGUUUUUAAACCAAAAACUGACAGUGUUGCAACAUUGUUGAAAGGGCUCGUGUUUUUCAGUGGUCGCCAGUUACACUCCAUCAACUCACCUCCAUCUCACGAAGGAGCUCUAAAGCAAGGAGAGUGAGGAGGUUUAUUUAAAAUGCAACAGCAUUUUACCCACUUUGUCCUGAUGUGUUCCUUUUUUCAUUUUUUCAUAUAAAUGUAUUUGAUAGUGGACAUGUUGGCUGUUGUAAAACAAAACAAAACACCAUUAGUUUAUUUCUGUCUAAAAACUUUGAUCAGAACUAACUGUAGAAGAGUAACUUCCUCCCCUAAUCCUACAUUUCUGUACUUGGUGUCUCCUUGCUUUAGAUUUCUGGUGAACCCUGUGAUUAUAAAUACUUGUGUGUGAUUACAAAAAAAAAAAAGAUACAUUUUACAUUUCAUGAAAUUGCUGUUCACACUGGAGUAUUAUAUAUGAAUAUAUAUAUUUGAGGCCCAAGGCCUGAAAAAUAUUAGUAUACAACUUGGUAUCUUAGUCUUACUAUGUACUUUUUGAAAGUAUUCCUCACAAGAGAAAGAAUUCAAAAUACCCAAUUUAUUCAUGCCUUUCUUUUUAAAGAAUCCCCUAUCCAGUUACACUGUAGUCUUUUUAUUGCUGGUUUUUUAUUCCUGAAUUUUUGCUGCUCAUGACCAAUUUUAAUACCACUGUGUUUUCCUUCUAUUAAAUCAAAAGUAAAAAAAAUGUAAUUGGCAACUCUCAACUUUCCUUGUGGCACCUUUUACCCUUGGUGCUCCGAAUCCCAGAUUAAGGAAAGACAUUUUUUCAAGUAGCAAAUAAAACACUGAUCAUCUAUUCCUUAAAAUCUUAUACUAACACUGUAUGGGAUAUCAGGAUAUCAGUGUGAAUUUGUCUUCGAAAAUGAAAUUCCUUUUGCUCCUCAGUAUCUAGCAAAGAGUAAGAGGUGAUACCUCAGCAGAAUGAUCAAAUAAGCAGUUAUUACCCUGAUAGGCCCCUUCCUAAUCACGUCACUUUUGACCAUUGUCUGUCCAAUGGACACACCUCAAAAAUACUACCAAAUAGGUUACUUACAAGUAUAAAGGUGAGAGGUCUGGUCCCCAUCUAAGGCUGCGACAGUCUUGAUGUGAAGGCAUUCAUAA